GGCAGUUUAUGGUGGCGGCACUAAGCGUCUUCCUGAGUUGAGGUUAUGUUUCUGUUGCGUUAAAACAAAAUACGUAAAUAAACGUUCAUGUAGUCGUCAAGUACAUAUAUUUUUACCAUUUCAUUGAGUUAUUUUUGUAGAGAAGUUACGGUAUUUUUCAAACCAACAAUAUGUCUGGUGGAAUGCUUUAUGGAGGUGAUGAAAUUGGAGCUUUAGUAUUCGACUUAGGUCAUCAUUCUUUAAGAGUUGGUUACGCUCAAGAAGAUACUCCAAAAGCUGAAAUUCCAGCGGUUGUAGGUGUAGGAGAAGAUGGCAAUUGUACAGCAACAAAAACAGAACCUAUGGACAUUGAUGACAAAAAGCCAGAUAAUAAUAUUACCCAGUCUGGAACCAAAUAUUAUAUCGACACUACUAUACUACAUGUUCCACGAAAGAAUAUGGAAGUUGUAAGUUAUAUGAAAGAUGGUAUGAUCGAAGAUUGGGAUCAUUUUGAAAAGGUUUUAGAUUACACAUAUUCCAAAGUAAUUCAAUCUGAUGCGGAGUAUCACCCAGUAUUAUUUUCUGAAUCACCAUGGAAUGUACGCAGUAAAAGAGAAAAACUAACUGAAUUAAUGUUUGAAAAGUACAAUGUGCCAGCUUAUUUUCUUGUUAAAAAUGCAGUUCUUGCUGCAUUUGCAAAUGGUAGAGCAACUGGUAUUGUUGUUGACAGUGGUGCAACGCAUACAUCUGCUGUGCCUGUUCAAGAUGGCUUUGUAUUGACGCAAGCAAUAGUCAAAUCUCCACUUGGAGGAGACUAUAUAAGUAUGCAGUGUAGACAAUUUCUCCAGGACAACGACAUUGAUCUGUCUCCUUCGUACAUGGUGGGUAGUAAAGAAGUUGUAAAAGAUCACGAUAAACCACGAUGGGUAAAAAAGAAAGGUUUGCCUGAAGUUACUAAGUCCUGGCAUAAUUACAUGGUAAAGAAACUCAUCCAGGAUUUUCAAGCUACAGUAUUACAAGUAUCUGAAACUCCAUAUGAUGAAAAAAUAGUUUCCACGAUUCCUGCUGUACAGUAUGAGUUUCCUACUGGAUAUCAUCAGGAUUUUGGAAGCGAAAGAUUUCGAAUACCAGAAGCACUCUUUGAUCCUAGUAUGGUACAAAUGCGUGGUGGUAUGGUUGGUAAUACUAUGUUGGGAGUAGGUCAUAUUGUAACAACUAGCGUAGGCAUGUGCGACGUUGACGUUAGACCGGCUCUGUAUGGAAGUGUUGUUGUUACUGGUGGCAAUUCAUUUAUUCAGGGUUUCCCGGAGCGUUUGAAUAGAGACCUCUCUAUGAGAAUACCAUCUAGCAUGAGAUUGAAAUUGAUUAGCGUAAACGGAUGCACCGAACGACGAUUUGGAGCUUGGAUCGGUGGGUCUAUUUUGGCAUCGAUUGGUACUUUUCAACAAAUGUGGAUUUCAAGCCAAGAAUACGAAGAAAGUGGGAAAAGUCAAGUAGAACGGAAAUGUCCUUGAAUUAAGAAAAUAAUUUAUUUCCAUUCAUCUUCGUUUAAUAAUAUCAUCAAUAUUUGUACAAACAUUUCCUUGAUGAUUACUUUAUAAGUAAAUAGGUAUGAAAGAUUACAUUUAAACAAAUUAAAGUCUAUAAAUACAGUGAGAAAUUUAAUUUUUUUUAACAUUUGUUUAAAACAAGUGUGUUCUCAAUAUUGACCUAAGACAUGAAUAAGUAUAUUUUACUUAUACGUGAUAUCGAAUAAUGACUUGUAAAAUAUGCCGUCAAAAGUGGGAGUUUUAUUUAUUAUCAAUGCACCACGUAGACGCAAUAAAAUUUUAUAAGGUAUGGUGUAUACAAGUUGUAUUAAAAUUUUUAUAAAAACUUACAGCAAUACACGUCUUCAAAAUUAA